GAAGAUCUGGAGCCAAAUGAUCAAGGAUAUACACAAGGUUGAGGAGGUAGUACUCGAGGGCAUGGUCAAGCAGGCGAAGAUAGAGGCGAAGAUGGCGCUAAGGGAGGACCUGAGGAGAGGGGCAAAAGACUACGCGCGCUGGGUAGCCCACGUGGAGGCCAUCGCGCCAGGAACCCUGCGCAAGAUCACGAAGCCCAGAAGGAGACACGAGCACGAAUGCGUCAAGGCAGGACGUAAGGCCACGAACCCGAAGGACAGCGUCGACCUGAAGGCGGAAGACUUCGAGGAUAUGUGGAAACACACCAGCAAACACGACGAUGCGGUGGAAGUGAUCAACAUGUUGCGCGAGAGGGCGCAGGAGGAGCCCACGCCAAGUUGGACCAUUGAGGAGCCUGACGAGGCGACCAAGGGUGCCCCCAAAGGCAGGGGCACGGACAUGAUGAACAUGGAAGACGUGAGGAGGCUACCUGAUAACGGCAGGAGGGCCUACAUCGACAUGUACAACAGCUGUGAUGCGGAAGUGGCGUGGCCGUGGCAGAUCCUGCAGGCGAUGGCCAUGCUGCAACGCAAGGGCGCGGAGAGGACGUGGGAGCUGCUCAACAGGAACCAGGUCAGGAAGUGCGCCAAGGAGGUGGAAAAGGACUUCGACGCGGCGGUGGCAGGGAACCCCUGCUUAAGAGAGGCGAUGGCCCGAGCGCUGGGCGACGAGACCUCGCGGGAGCUUGGAGUCCACUCGGCGAACGCCUUGGUCGACUUGAAGAAGUUAUACGACUCUUUGGUGUUCGAGAAG